AUGAUUUUAUUAGAGAUACACAAUAGGAUACUAGAAGAAACGUUAGCUAACAAAAUAAAAAAUGCUUUGUCGGGUCACAAACCAGAAUCUACAGAUGUUGUUAUAGCAGACUUUGAUGGAGUUUUGUUUCAUAUUUCUAACUUAAGUGGUGAUAAGUCAAAAAUUAGAAUAAGUAUUCUACUUAAAUUUUAUAAACAAUUACAAGAACAUGGGGCUGAUGAAUUACUUAUACGUGAAUAUGGAUCUUACCUUAUAGCUCCUGAGAAUGGUAAACAGUAUGUGGAAGCUAAAAGUGAUAGAGUAACAGUGGUAUUUAGCACAAUAUUUAAAGAUGAAGAUGAUAUGGUUAUUGGAAAAUUAUUUUUACAAGAAUUAAAAGAGGGUAGGCGUGCAAGUCACACAGCUCCACAAGUUUUAUUUAAUCAUCGUGAGCCACCAUUAGAAUUGCAAGAUUCUGAAGCAGCAGUUGGUGACUGCAUUGGAUACAUUACAUUUGUAUUGUUUCCAAGGCAUACAAAUAGAGAAGCUCGUGAUAAUACUAUUGAUUUAAUACACAUGUUUAGAAAUUACUUGCAUUACCAUAUUAAAUGUAGUAAAGUUUAUAUUCACUCAAGGAUGCGUACCAAAACAACAGAUUUCUUAAAAAUAUUAAAUCGUGCAAGAUCUCAAUCGAAAAAUACUGAAAAAAAAACCAUUACGGGUCGAACGUUUAUCAGGAAAGAAUGA